UGCGCUGUAAUCAACUAGCACCCCACGUCCUCCAUUUUGCAGUGGUUUUGCAAGCAAGUUGCUUCCAUUCGUACUGUAGCGCCAGUAAAUAAAGUGUAUCUGAAAAGGGAUUAUUUAAACCUUGAGAGAGAUAUUUUCACGGACGAAACGAUGGCUGACCCAUCCGCAGACGUGACUCUAACGGAAGGCGCAGAGGUCCGCAGACUGUCGGAUCUGCGGGUGAUCGAUCUAAAGGCCGAGCUGAAGAAACGAAACCUGGACACCACGGGUGUCAAAAGCGUUCUGUCCGAGCGGCUGAAAAAGGCAAUCGAGGAGGAGGGUGGAAACCCUGAUGAGAUUAUUCUAGCUCCAGAGUCAACCCCUAAGAAAGCUACUCCUAACGUGAAACGGUCCUCCAAAGAUGCAAGGCCAGAGAACGAUGAACCGGAAGAGAGCACUAUGGAGGAAGACUCCAACAAUGAGGAGCGUCAGGAUGAUCAUGAGAACAUGCAGGAAAUGGACAUCCUCGACAUGAACGUUCUGGAUGACACGGAGAAUGACAGCGGGAUACCAGCCGAGGACGAUGAGGAUGAAACCGGGAUUCCACCCUGUGACGAAGACGCUCUGUUGAAGGACGAAAAUGAAAACAAGAUCUUGGAGUCAGAAGAUGAAGCAAAAGACCCAGAGAUGGAGGUGUCCGAGUUGUUGGAGGAGAAGGAGGAAUUACUGUCUAGCUCAUCAGUCACUAUGGCAGAGGAUCCGGAUGCAGAUGACGUGAAAGAAGUAACAGAAAAUGACAAAGUAGCCGGGUCUUGUUUAUCUGAGCCACUUAACGAAGAUCAGCACCAGAGCCCCGAGACGAUCCCCGAAGAAGAGCAAGCUGCCACCGCCGGAGGGGAAGACAAUGUGUCCGACACCGGAGCCAAGUCCGAGCAGGCCGCCUCUGGAGAUGUGGAGACCGUCCGGGAUGUUGUCGAGACGGAUGCCAUAGAGGUUGGGGACACGCAGAAAGCCCCAGAAGAGACAUUUGACACUGAAAACAAAAGCUCGCAGGCUGUUAGUGAUAGCGAACAGGGCACUGUGGGUGAAACUGUUGAUACAGAAAUGGGGGCUAAGGAGGGUGAGGAGGAUGAGAAGACAGAAGAGAAAGCUGCCGCGGAUUCAGCGUCCACAGUGAAAGAGUCCUCUUCUGUAGAGGGCGAUGAUCCGAAAAAGAGCGCUGAGGAGAAAGAUGCCAAGACUGAGUCAAAAGAUGAAACAGCCGCUGGAAGUGCUGCAGCUAGCAGUAGCAGGAAUCUGUGGGUCAGCGGCCUUUCUUCGACUACUAGAGCGACUGAUCUGAAGAGUCUCUUCAGCAAAUAUGGCAAGGUUGUUGGAGCUAAGGUGGUGACAAACGCUAAGAGUCCCGGGGCUCGCUGCUAUGGUUUUGUCACCAUGUCUUCCACAGAGGAGGCCUCAAAGUGCAUCGAUCACCUUCACAGGACUGAGCUGCACGGCAGGAUGAUCUCUGUGGAGCGGGCUAAAAAUGAGCCUGCGGGGAAGAAGCCAGCAGACAAGAACGACCCCAAGAAGUCUGGCGGUGACAGGAGACACUCCUCUGACUCAAAAACUGAAGGGAAGGACGACAAAGCUGAGGGACAAGGAGAAGAUGGCAAAGGGCGAAACGAGAGAACUGUAGUUAUGGACAAAUCCAAAGGAGAACCUGUCAUCAGCGUCAAAACCAAGAGCAAAGAACGAAGCUCAAAGAGUCGGGACCGCAAGUCGCUGAGUAAGGAGACGAAAGAAAUCCUGUCGUUCGACCAGAUCAAGGAGCAGAGAGAGAGGGAGAGACAGAGACAGCGAGAGAGGGAGAUCAGAGAGGUGGAGAGACGCAGAACCGAUCGGGACCGUGACAACCGUCCAGACCGUGAGCGCGAGAGGAUCCGUCUUUUCCGAGAGAAAGAGGAGAGGAAACACUUGCUCCGGAAGAGAGACUAUCUGGAGGUUGGUAAUCGCAAUGAACGCUUUGACUCUCAGGUUGAGAAGCAGCGCCUGGACGCGGAACGUAUGGAGCGUCAGUUCUUGGAGCGGGAGAGGCUUCGCAUCGAGUACGAGAGGCGGCGCGAGCAGGAGAGGAUCAUGAGGGAGCGCGACGAGCUGCGGCGACAGCAGGAGCAGCUGCGCUACGAACAGAACCGCCGCUCCCUGAAGAGACCCUAUGACAUCGAUGGCAGGAAAGAUGACUGGGCCGAUAAGCGCAUGGCUCUGGAUGACCGUUACAGCCGCUCAGACUUCGGCCGGCAGGAUCGCUAUCAGGACUUUGACCACAGAGACCGGGGCCGUUACCAGGACGACACGAUAAUGGACAGGAGGGACAACCCGAGGAGCACCGCAGACAGAGAUAGUCAGCAUUUCUCAGACAGACAUGGCAGAGAAGGCCGAGACUCCUGGAGCGGAGGUUACGACAAACGCGUCAACCCCAGAGACGGCGGGCGAGACUGGGACUCUAGCCGGAAGGUGGAUGGAGACAGGACGUGGCAAAGUAGAGACGGGGCCAUCCCAGGCCAGAGCCACAUAGCACGCGGAGGAAUGGCAAGCAGCCGCGGCAGCUACAUGAACACGGGGACGUCUCAGUCUCUGUCCGGCGCUCUGAACAGACAGAACCAGCUGUUGCAGGGCGGCGGGCUGCAGGGGGGGGCUUUCGGACGACGCUAUUGAUGUAAAAAAAAAAGUGCGACGCUCUUGUUUUGUACAUUUCAAUAAAAAAAGUGGUCUGGAAAUCUUUUUAUGACACGAUUCCAAUCCCUUUUUGUGGAGACCGCUUCCUCUUCUUUUUUGUGAUGUAUUUCCCGCCUGCCUUGUAUUUAUCAUCUAGCAAAACCUAAAGUGUGUGUGUGUAACACUGUCUGCGUGCUGUAUAAGCAGGUUGUCCUGAACUCGAGAUGUUUUAUUUACCUCAAGAUUACUGGACCUCGCCGUUUCCCAGUUUAUGUCUGUGGCAAGAUUUCCAUUGGAUGAGCCUAUGUCGCAAUUAAUUUUUUCAUAGCUUGAGGGUCGUCAUUCAUUUUGAAACGCGUUUGGUGGAAUAAAAUGUUUUUGAAGUACGAUGUUUUCAAAUUGGUUUUGUUUAUAGUGUUUGGUUUGUGUGACUGUUGGAUGAUUAUCACUAUUGAUUUAAGAUCUGUUACAAAAUGUAACGGACGACGUCACAUCCUACUUUUUCUGUAACGGAAAUAUGUUUUUGGGAUGAAAGCAUUCUGUUCAGUUGUGUCUGUUGGGUUCAUUUUAAAGCCAGCUGCUGGUGUCGAGUGUACAAAUUCACAGGGUAAAAUUGGCUCAUCAAUAAAAGAUUUGUCAUCUUUA